AUGUGUGAUAAACAAACUGGCGCCGAUAAGAGAGGUCUGAGAGAAGUGGGUGGAGCAUCUGAGCAACUGGUUCCAUUCAGAGGUCGCUGUCCUUUCCGGCAGUAUAUGCCCAGCAAGCCAGCAAAGUAUGGCAUCAAGAUAUGGGUGGCCUGUGACGCACAAUCCAGCUAUGCUUGGAAGAUGCCAGUCUACACAGGGAAGCCGACCAGUGGAGGCCCGGAGAAGAACCAGGGGAUGCGGGUUGUGUUUGAUGUGACAGAUGGACUGAGGGGGCACAAUCCUGAGCUCUCCCCUGCACUCCUCGCAACAAGGGGGAGAGAGGCCUUCUCAUCAAAGUUUGCCUUCACCCCCACCACCACUCUAGUUUCUUACCUCCCAAAGAGAAACAAGAAUGUGGUCCUCCUAAGCACACUGCACAAAACUGCAGAGAUCAGUGAUCGUGAGGACAGGAAGCAAGCCAUCAUCCUGGACUACAACCACAACAAAGGAGGUGUGGACAACCUGGAAAAGGGGAUUGGAACUUACAGCUGCAGGAGGAUGACUGACCGCUGGCCCCUGGUCCUCUUCCCUAACAUCAUUGAUGUGACUGGUGAAGAGGAAUGCCAAUGUCUGGACUCUCCAGACCACAGUUUAGGGAAGUAUGGUCUGACUGAAGAUGAGUAG